UAGGCCUCAAGACGACCGACCACCACCAUGAUCCGCUUUAUCCUCGUCCAAAACCGACAAGGCAAGACCCGGCUGUCGAAAUGGUACGGGAUGUACGAGGAUGAGGAGAAGGUCAGGCUGAGGGGUGAUGUGCACCGUCUCGUCUCGGGCAGAGAUCACCGCUACCAGUCGAAUUUCGCUGAGUUCCGGAAUCACAAGAUCGUGUACCGGCGCUACGCCGGGCUGUUCUUCUGCGUGUGUGUGGACUCGAACGACAACGAGCUGGCGUACCUGGAGGCGAUCCACUUCUUUGUCGAGGUCUUGGAUACAUUCUUCGACAACGUGACGGAGCUCGACCUUGUGUUCAACUUCUACAAGGUGUACGCGAUCCUCGACGAGGUGUUCCUAGCGGGCGAGAUCGAGGAGACGAGCAAGGAGGUUGUGUUGGAGCGGUUGGAGGUUCUGGAAAAGCUGGAAUAGAACAUUCAUACCGUACCCGACGACAUACUGUAUCCAGCACAUAUAUCGCUAAUUCUAGCAAUGUGGCACUUCAUCAGAGUGAGGAAGAUAAGGGCGAAGAACAAAGCCAUCAUCCAGAAGUACAUCGAGUUCCAGAUCGAACUGCCGACAUACGGCAAAAUGACAACUGCUUUGUCACAGCUUCCAACAAUUCAAUAGAGAAGGGUGGGGAGCAACCCUAUCAUCGAUCGCAGUGGUUGCGCAGGACCUCAGCUCGUUACCAGGGUCCAAAAGAAUAGAAUGCGCGCAUCGUGUUCGUUCGUCUACCUCACCGCUGAUGACCUGAUGAUGAAGCAAUGACCACCACGGGCGCCGUGGGCCAUCCGAGGACAUAGGAUCCUCCAUGUCCUCUGUGACCCUUCGAUGGUUUCGCGGCUACAGAGCUCCACUGAGCCUCGAUUACCCUGGAGACCGAGUUCCUCGGGGAGUCGGGCAGGCUGGGUUCUCAGGCGAUAAGCGUGAAGCUAUCGAAGCCUCGAAGUCAACCUGCAGAAGCCGACAAAUCGCUCGAUAAGAUAGUCUCACGGGCCCAGAAGAGGGUCGGAUGGAAGAGAACCUCGGGGUACCCCAGUCCAUUCCAUGGGGUCUUAUGAAUAGUUGCCGGUCUAGUCCCCUCGCAUACUAGCUUGGGGAGGCUCGGGCUGUAUCGCGAUGCAAUGCAUAUUCUCGGGCGUGAAAGCUUGCCAUCCAGAUGUAGAUCGCGCAGAUGUAGUUAGCGGCGCAGUGCAGAAACAGACUCUGAAUAUAUG